CCUGCCGCUUUCCCUUCCCUACUUGGGUCCCUGAAAAUACCGCUGGGGAAGGCAUAGACACUGUGUGGGUGUACGAUGCCAAGGCAUUUAAAUCACACCUUCAACAUGACAGAGAAGACAACACCAGAACAUGAGGACACACCAGAUUCACACACAUAAAUGCCAAUCCUGCGUUGCAACCCUGGGAUGGUCUUAUUUUUUUCCAUGCAGUGCUACUCUGAGAUGGACCUAAAAUUGCUUGGGUGUUCUUUUUUUUUAAUUGUGCUAUGACGUGUUCAGAUCAACGUUACAUUACAUGUCAUUUAGCUGACGCUUUUUAUCCAAAGCGACUUACAAUUGCUAUGUAUGUCAGAGGUCGCACGGCUCUGGAGCAGCUAGGGGUUAAGUGUCUUUCUUAUGGACAGAUUGGUUGGUAUUGCAGUAGGAAUUGAACUCAGGUCUCCCACCCCAAAGCGCCACUGCACCAUCACCACCCCCACAACAUCAAAGAUCUUUGAUUAAUAAUCAUAAUAAAAAGAUUAAUGAUCAACAUCAAUGUCCAGUGUGAGGUGGAGCAAAGUUGGAAAAACAACUGAUUGACACUGGCGUUGGCGAGUGGUUACACUCAUGUUAAAACCAGACCAGGGAUUAAAGAGAACGUAAAUGGUUAUGACUUGAGCAAUCUCAAUUUCUUAUAGGAAGAAGUGGUACUGGCCAUUCAUGAUUGCAUAACUUGAUUCUUUAUAGAACUUUCAAUUGUAUUUAUCCCUUCCAGACAGACAGAGGUACCUAGUGGGCCGUGGCUGGCAAGACAGAAGAUCAUUCACUAUAAUAUUUUGUAUGGUACUAUGUACAGACAACUCCUGCACUGUGUUCUAUUUUGAGGCUUGUGUAUUUAUAAAUAAAAUAAUCAUUUAGUUGUCAAGGUGGCCAACUGCGCUCGUCUGCCAUCUAGUGGUGAAACUACCUCACAAUCACAAAUGUGGUGUAUCUAUGUGGUAGUAUGUGACCAUAACCCGACUGCUAGCUGAUCUGCUAUGUAGUGAAAAGGCUUUAUUUCAUUUCGAAACGUAUGGUCACGUCAAAGAUAAUCGGAUCUUGAACUAAGUUGAGAUGUUUAAAUGUAAACAGCUUGCCGUCUUCGCUUUUAUACUGCCUGACUAGCCUGACUAUUGAGAAGCAGGGCCACUCAAGAUGGACACCGCUGAGGAAGCGGACAUCUGUCGGGUAUGUCGGUCAGAGGGCAGCCAGGACAAGCCGCUCUACCAUCCCUGUGUCUGCACUGGUAGCAUCAAGUUCAUCCAUCAGGAAUGCUUACUGCAGUGGUUGAAACACAGCAGAAAAGAAUACUGUGAAUUAUGCAAACACAGGUUUGCCUUUACACCAAUCUACUCUCCUGACAUGCCAUCUCGCCUGCCUGUCCAGGACAUCUGUGCAGGGCUGGUCACCAGUAUUGGAACAGCCAUUAGAUACUGGUUCCACUACACACUGGUGGCCUUUGCCUGGCUGGGCGUGGUGCCUCUCACAGCAUGUCGCAUCUACAAGUGUGUAUUUACUGGCUCUGUGAGCUCUCUCCUUACUCUGCCAUUAGAUAUGCUUUCAACACAAAACCUUCUUGCAGACUGCCUUCAGGGCUGUUUUGUGGUCACUUGCACGCUGUGCGCCUUCAUCAGCCUGGUGUGGCUUAGAGAGCAGAUUGUCCAUGGUGGCGCCCCUCCGUGGUUGGAGCAAAAUCCCCCCCCUCUAGUUCCCAACCAGCCUAAUGGUCCUGCAGCCAAUGAGGUUCCAGGUGGUAACAUUGGCGUCAAUGCACAGGCUGCUGCUGACGUCGCAGAAGCCCAGCACCCUGCAGACCCUGCUCCAGACGGGCUUGCACCGGCCAACCCGCAUGAAGCUGGCAACCACGGAGACGAGGCUGAACUGGACGAUGAGGAAGAAGAUGACAAUGGGGAGGAGGAGGAGGAGGAGGAGGAGGAGGAGGACGAGGAGGAUGAUGAUGAUGAGGAAGGCAGGGAAGAGGAUGCCGCUGACGUAAAUCAUGGGGGACAAGAAGAUUUGAACUGGAACGCCCUGGAGUGGGACCGUGCCGCAGAGGAGCUGACCUGGGAAAGGAUGUUGGGGCUGGAUGGCUCCCUAGUUUUCUUGGAGCAUGUGUUCUGGGUGGUGUCUCUCAACACACUCUUCAUCCUGGUCUUUGCUUUUUGCCCGUAUCACAUAGGCCAUUUCUCAGUGGUUGGACUGGGCUUUGAAGACUACGUCAAAGCUUCACACUUUGACGGCCUCGUCACCACCAUACUGGGGUACAUCCUCCUGGCUGGAGCUCUCAUAGUCUGCCAUGCGUUAGCUUCAUUAGUGAAGUUCCAGCGGCCCAGACGCCUCUUGGGUGUCUGCUACAUUGUUGUCAAGGUGUCCCUGCUGGUUGUCAUGGAGAUCGGCUUGUUCCCGCUGAUUUGUGGUUGGUGGCUCGACAUUUGCUCGCUGGAGAUGUUUGAUGCAACUUUAAAAGACAGGGAGCAGAGUUUUGACGCAGCCCCAGGUACCACCAUGUUCUUCCACUGGCUGGUCGGCAUGGUCUACGUCUUCUACUUUGCCUCUUUCAUCCUCCUGCUCAGAGAGGUGCUUCGGCCGGGUGUGCUGUGGUUCCUGAGGAACCUGAACGAUCCAGACUUCAACCCAGUCCAAGAGAUGAUCCACCUGCCCAUUUACAGACACCUGCGGAGGUUUAUUCUCUCUGUGGUGGUGUUUGGCUCUAUAGUUCUGCUGAUGCUUUGGCUUCCUAUCAGAAUCAUGAAACUGCUCUUUCCGACCUUCCUGCCCUACAACGUCAUGCUUUACAGCGAUGCACCGGUCAGCGAGUUGUCAUUGGAGCUGCUGUUGCUUCAGGUUGUUCUGCCGGCAUUGCUGGAGCAGGGUCACACCCGCCAGUGGCUCAAACGGCUCGUCCACGCCUGGACGUUCACAGCUGGAUACAUGCUUGACCUUCACUCUUACCUGCUUGGGGACCAUGAAGACGAUGACAACCAACCAAACAACAAUGCGCCCGGUCGCCAUAACAACAACAGGAUCCCUGGCCUGGGGGAAGGUCUUCACGCUGCCCAUCAGGCUAUUCUGCAGCAGGGCGGUCCUGUUGGUUUCCAGUCGUACCACCGGCCCCUCAACUUCCCCCUCAAGCUCAUUCUGCUGGUUGUCUUCAUGUGCGUGACGCUGUUACUGGCUAGCCUGAUCUGCCUUACACUGCCGGUGUGUGCGGGCCGCUGGGUGAUGUCUUUCUGGAUGGGCAAUGCUAUGGUUCAUGAGCUGUACACAGCUGCCAGCGGUCUGUACAUCUGCUGGCUGUCCAUUCGAGCCGCCACCGUGAUGCUGUCCUGGAUGCCACAGGGGCGGACCAUGAUCAUGGUCAAAGUCCACGAGUGGACACUCAUGAUCCUAAAGACCCUUGUGGUGGCCGUGCUGUUAGCCGGGGUGAUUCCUCUGCUGUUGGGUCUGCUGUUUGAGCUGGUCAUCGUUGCUCCUCUCAGAGUCCAGCUGCACCAGACACCUCUCUUCUACCCCUGGCAGGACUGGGCACUGGGAGUGCUCCAUGCUAAAAUCAUUGCUGCCAUCACACUGAUGGGCCCUCAGUGGUGGCUCAAAACCGUCAUCGAGCAGGUGUAUGCUAACGGUAUCCGAAACAUUGACCUCAAUUUCAUCGUGCGAGGGCUGGCCGCCCCAGUCAUCUGCGUCCUGCUGCUGUCUCUCAGUGUGCCCUACACUAUCUCUAAAGGCAUUACACCACUGCUGGGUGUGCAGCCAGAGAUGCAGACGCUGGUGGAUAGGAGGAUCUAUCCCUUCCUGCUGAUGGUGGUCAUACUGUUGGCCGUCCUGUCCUUCCAGAUACGACAGUUCAAACGCCUCUACGAACACAUCAAGAAUGACAAAUACCUGGUUGGACAGCGACUGGUGAACUAUGAACGUAAGACAGGCAGGAGGGCGUCCAGCUCCUCACACAGCACCUCCUCAUAGACCUGCCACUGCUCUGGGAUCAGUGGAGCUGACUCUCAUCAGCUCCUGUGGUGAAACCUUAUUAUUUUUGGUUUGUCUCCCUCCGUGCUCGGCUGUCAGUUGCCAACUACAAACACAACUUUUAAACUUUUGACUGCAGCCUCCACUUCUUAGUCCCGACAUCUACUGCUGUCACAGGUUGGGAGACAAAGACGUUUAAGAGUGAAAAGACAAAAUAGUCUCGAAACGUUUUUUGUGGAAAAUGAGAAUUUCUGAACAUGGUUGUGAACCGACCUGCAAACUGACCUGCAAUAACAGUCAGUUUUGACUGUCCAUCCUGUUUAACGUGUCCAUUUUUUGGUCUUCAAUGCAGCUGACAUUUUAAGUAGUAAUUAUAUUAUUUUGAAAUAGGUUUGAGUUGAAGUCAGGUGAGUUGAGCAUAGUGUUUGCCUCAGAUUGUGCUUCCAUUUGAAUGCUUGUUGUGAAAUAGUGUCUGAUUGUCUCUUAAUAGGAGGUUUUUGAAAUUUCAGAGCUGUAGAGGCGAUGCAUUAACUAUCACGGGAACGCCUCUCUGGUUCUAUUUCAGUUGUCUAUUUGUCUCAAAUGACACCCUUCAGCAAAUUGAGGUUGUCCGUGAUAAGGAGGGACAUGCAUGAAUUAGCAAUGUGAUUUUAUUUGAUUAUAAUUUUUUUAAAGAUGUUUUUAUUAGACGUGUUUUCAUUGAUUUUUAGUGUUAUAAUUCUGGAGUAAGCUGUUGGGCAGGCCUGAGAAUUCCUUUGAAGUAAAGAUAUAAGAUAGAAAAUAAGAAGAAAAGGAAUUUUUUGACAAUCUGGAUGCCUCCCCCCGACAUUUUUUUUUUCUCUCUUUUUUUUCUUUUCUCUUAAGAUGUUCUCAUGUGAAUUUUAAACAGUCUGGGUUCUGUAUUACCUCCUUUAAGCACAUCCACCUUCAGGAGAGGUCAUUAAGUGAAGUUUCAACUAUGAAUAUACAAACUGAAAAAACAGCGUCGGAACGUUUCAGAAUGUGCCUGUUACACUCUUAGACUGAUAAUGAUUUUGUAGAAAUAUUUAUUCUAACAAGCUUAAAAUAACAGUCAUGCUGCUAAUUAGCUGUUCAAACUCAUGUCUGCAUGUCUUACAUGUCUGCAAAUGUUUAGGAUGCAACAGCAAAAAAACAACUGUAUAAACAACAAAACGCAGAUGGGGGGGGGGGGAUUGACUCUUGUGGACUACAGUAUAGUGACUGAUAACUGACUGGCAAACUACAGUUGACAUAUCUCAGUUAGGGCAAGGGAGCCACAGCAGAGGCCACAUGUACCUUCUGCUUUUCGCUAAAACUCAGAAGGAUUUCCUUUUUCGACACUGUGACGUUGCUCUCAUUAAUCAUUCAGUCGAUCGCUGCCACCUGUUGAACUGAAUCCAAUAGAUCCGAUCUCAUCUUGUUAUCAAUUUAGUUACGACGACGACAGAUCAGCGCGAAGAUUUCAAAUUACAUUUCACAAAAAUAAUUAUAAACUAGAUCAGAUCAGUAGCGUUGGUUAGACUAGUAAAAUCGGAUGUUUGUUGCUCGUUCUAAAUCGCUCUGAAUACUAGUAACUCUGAAAAAACAUAUUAGUCCAUGUAUUCAGAUAUAAUUUAAGAACAAAGUCAUACAUAGAUUAACAUAGGAUUGGCAGUUUAAUAUAGAUUUUUCCUAAAAACGGUUUUGUUCAAGCUAUGCUACAGGACAGUGACUCUGUUUACAUCGUUGAUAGCCUUUGAUUGGAAAAGCAUGGAGCUCCGGUUGUUUCCUAGCAGUCGGUUUUAACGUUACUGACGCAUUACCACAUUCCUUAUGUUUUAACGGUGCAACCUAUUUCAGUAAAUUACAAGGGUAGCUUGUUCUUUCUGAAACCGUGUGGAGGGCUUUUCACACAAACUUAAGGAAGGAUUUAGCUGGUGUUACUUGGUCUUGCUCCCGUUUUUCCUGCAGCUUAAAGUUGUAUUUCAUAAAUAGUCACACCUGCAUGCCUUCUCUAAAAUACACUACUCCAAUAUCUACCAACCUGAAAGAAACACAAGGAAAACCAAAAGACUCUCUUGUUGUUCUACGUGUUUAUUUGAUAAUGAACAAGUGUGUUGCUCUCAAUCCGCUCAACUAAUGGCAAUGUCUUUUUAAAGCAGUUUAAAGAAAUACAUACCCACACCUCUAAAGCUCACUAAUUAACAUGUUAUGUCUUGUCUGUACAAACCUUUCACAAAGGAUUACAUACUGGAACUAUUUCUUGAUAGGGGGCAGUGAUUUUUCUUGAGUCCUCGCUGGCUGUCUGGCAACGUCAAGACUUCCCAAAAUGUCAAACAAUCGCUUUAAGGUUCAAAACACUUUGCUUUCUACAACCACUUAUACUCCUAGAUCACUAUUUGCAUGGGAAUGUAAAGUCGGUGUCUAAGUGUUGUAUCCAAAUAUGUCACUUGUGUGAUCUCAUUGUCUCCUCUGCUCCACAACCCGUUAGAAAAAUGCCCAAAGGUUAGUCCCUUCCUGUUUUUAUGAAAGUUUCACAACUUUGUUUUCACAAAGUUAUAUUCCUAGACCCAAUACUGAACAAAACCAUCACAAAUAAACUAAAGAUUUUACGAGACGUUAACUUCCUUCUGAUGACAGUAACGAGCCCCAGCCAUUCUUUUAAACUGUUUCUUGCUGCUCCUAAACGCCUGAGAGAGAAGUUUCAGAUGUUUUUAGAGGGACAAUAAUGGUCAAGUAGUAAUUAAGAAUGUUUUUUUUCAUAUUUUUUCAUUGCAAAUGUUUUAAUGUGCACUUUAUACCACAAUUUGCAAUCCUUUCAGAAUCCAUUGUAACAGUCAACACGUUAUUUCCCUUCCACCGAGACUAAACAUGUCCGCAUGUUACUGCGUUGACGCUGCACCAUGGGUUUGACAAGAAUUUCAGUUUUGCAUCCCUUUUUGACACCGCAUUUGUGUGAGCAUUUUUUUAUGAUAGGAGUUUGACAAAUAUAACCUGCUUUUCUAUUGAAAUGGAUUGUGAAUUACAUUAACUUUAGUGAUGACAGCUUUAAUGCUGCUGUGUGGAAUGCUCACAUACAUUUAUAGUGACCUUUAAGUAUCCCUGUGAACUGAGCUGGACACAUCACAUUUUGGUCAUGAAUUUCAAUUUCUAGAAGCAAAUGAUUUCUAUUUUUCUAUGCACAAAAAUGGCUGUGGCAUUUAGUCUAACAAAGGUAUAUGCACUCUAAGGUCUUUAACUUGUUGGGUUAGUGAUAUGAAACAAAAUAAAUAGUUGAAAUGA